CCACUCCUGCUAAGCUGCCUCCUAAUUGGGAUGCUAAUGCGAGGUGUGAAUUCCACUCUGGAGCACCUGGGCAUAACAUUGAAAACUGCAAAGCAUUGAAGUAUCAGGUUCAAAAUCUUCUCGACUCCAAGGCCAUUGAGUUCACUCCUACUCCAGGGCCUAAUGUUGUUCAAAAUCCUAUGCCCCCUCAUGGGUCUCAUGCUGCAAACGCCCUCGAUUGUGUUGAAGAUACUCGUUUGGUUAAGGACGUAACUGAGUUAGGCUCUAUGUUGCCUUUACUGAAAGUAGAAUUAGUGAGAAUGGGUCUAUGUGCUGGUUGUGGAGAAUUGUGUAAUGAUUGCAUGGCCACUUCCUCGGUUUGUGACAAAGUGAAGAAUGGUGUUCAACAGUUGAUAGAUAGUGGGUAUCUACAGUUUGAGCGCAUACGACGGCCCGAGGUAUUUGAGAAUGAAAUUAAUGUGGCAUCCAUUCCCUACACUCCUGCUAAAAUCCCAAUUCCUGCUAGAGCACCUCCUUUGGUUAUUACAUCACCUGGUCCCGUUCCGUAUACUAGUGAGAAAGCAAUCCCAUGGAAUUAUGGCGGAGAAGUUUUCUACCAAGGGGCCAAGUAUGAGAUUAAAGCACCGGUUGAGAAAGAAGAUGUUGAUAAUGUUGUUGGCAUCGGAAGAAUGACAAGAAGUGGUCGUAUUUUCAAUCCUCCCCAGAGUACUCGCGAUGACAAUACAGAAGCUCCAGCUCAAGCAAAAGGGAAAGGAGUGGUAGAAGAUACGGUGGAUCCGGGGCAAAGCUCUAACUCUGAAGAUACUAUGGCCAAAGAGAUGGAAGAGUUCCUAAAGAUCAUCAAGAAGAGUGAGUAUAAAGUGGUUGACCAGCUGAGUCAAACUCAAUCUAAGAUCUCGAUCUUACAGUUGCUCUUAUGCUCCGAGACGCAUCGAAAUGCUUUAUUGAGACUCCUGGGCACUGCCUUUGUCCCUCCUGAGAUCUCAGUAAAUCAGCUUGAAGGGGUUGUGUCUAAUAUCAAUGCUGGAAAUGGAUUGGGAUUCACUGAUGCAGAUUUGCCUUCUGAAGGUAGAAAACAUAAUAGAGCUUUGCACAUAUCUGUGGAGUGCAAGGGGACUAUGCUAUCUCGUGUUCUUGUUGAUAACGGAUCUUCUUUGAAUGUGUUACCAAAGUCGUCUUUGAUGAGGCUAGACUAUUCUGGUGUUGAGAUAAGGCCAAGCGAAUUAACUGUGAGAGCCUUUGAUGGCUCAAAGAGGUCGGUGUUUGGGGAGGUUGAUUUACCAGUGAUGAUAGGGCCUCAACUCUUCACUAUUACUUUCUUUGUGAUGGAUAUCCACCCGGCUUACAGUUGUCUCCUGAGGCGUCCAUGGAUCCAUGCUGCUGGGGCCGUGACUUCCACAUUGCAUCAGAAACUCAAAUUCGCCACUCAAGGGAAGAUAGUCACAAUAUGUGGGGAGGAAGAGCAUGUGGUAAGCCAUCUUGCGUCUUUCAAAUAUAUUGAUGUGGAAGGGGAGGUCCACGAAACACCUUGUCAAGCGUUUGAGGCUGUCCAGACUAUCAAGAUCCCUUAUGUUGAAAAGAAGAAGUUGGAGGCUCCUAUGUCUUCACUAAAGGAGGCUAAAGCUGUGGUUGAAUCUGGUCAUCCUGAAGGAUGGGGCCGAGUCUUGGAUCUACCAAUCAAGCAGGAUAAAUGUGGGAUUGGAUAUCAGUUGGGGCAGAGUUCUUCUGAUGGGUCCUUCAAGAAGCCCGGAACCUUCGUUCCGAUCAAGCUCUCUAGUGCUGGCACCGUCAAGGAUCAUAUUUGCGCUACUGAUGAUGAUAUGGAUAGUGAUUAUGACAUUGAAGAAUGGAUCAAGCCGUGUGCCCCGGGACAGAAGCUUCUCAACUGGUCAUCGGAAGACAUCAUCUCAAUUGCUCUCGAUCAAAAGUAA